AUGGGUGGUUUGAAGAUCUGUUCUGUUUCGCUGGUUAUACUUUGCUAUUUCUGUCAGAGAUGUCUCCUGAGUGGAAUUUCAACACACGUUGAAAUAGCACACAGAGCUCUGGAAUUUUUCAUUAAGCAUGAAAGGAAUGUUGACUAUAGACAGUUAUUACUAAACCACCAAGAUGCAUUUCAGGCUGGGAGCAUUUAUCCUGAUGCCUUUUAUCCUUCAAUCUGCAAAAGUGGAAUAUUCCAUGAUGUGUCUGAAGACACUCACUGGACACCAUUUCUCAAUGCAAGUAUUCACUACAUCAGAAGGAAUUAUCCUCACCCUUGGGAAGUGGCUACAGAGAAGCUGGUGGCUUUCUUGUUUGGAAUUGCCUCACAUAUGGUGGCAGAUGUUAGCUGGCAUAGCCUGGGCAUCGACCAAGGAUUUCUAAAAGCCAUGGGAGAAAUUGAUUUUCAUGGCUCGUACUCAGAAGCUCACAAUGUUGGUGAUUUUGGAGGAGAUGUGCUGAGUCAGUUUGAGCUGGACUUCAGUUACCUGGCACUGAGUUGGUAUGUACCUGUCAAAGACCUAGCAGCUAUCUAUAAGGAAUUUUAUGGAAGAGAGAUUAUAACUGAAAGCACAAUUAUUGACUGUACUUACCUGCUGUUUCUUGAACUGCAUGGAGAAAGGCUUGUUGUUGGGAAGCUUUUUCCAACAUAUGCUAGUAAAUCUCCAUUUCUGGUGGAGAAGUUCCAUGAGUAUUUCCUUGGAGGAGUGGAUGACAUGGCGUUCUGGACAAACAAUAUUUUUGAGCUGACCAGCUAUAUGCUAGAGAAUGGAACCAGUGACUGCUUCCUGCCUGAGAACCCCCUGUUUAUAAACUGCACAAGUGAGCACAAGGACAACUACAUCAAAAACAAACAAUCAAAACAUGAACAACAGAAGAAUAGAACUUCCUUGCUUACGGAAACACAUGAAAAGAAUAUAAAUUAUACAGAGAGAGGAGUUCACUUCAACAUGCAGCCUUGGGUAAAAAAGUCCUUUCGCUUGCUAAACCGUGCUUUUAGAACCAAUGUCUGGAGAGCUACACAUCAGAAAUCUUCUAACCACAUCUACAAGCCAGCAGCUUCGUAUUUUCUGACCUCACCCUAUGCUAGACUUGGAUGGGCAAUGAUUUCAGCUGACCUGAACCAGGAUGGAUAUGAAGAUCUGGUGGUUGGAGCCCCAGGGUACAGCACAUUGGGCCAUUUUCAGAUAGGACGGGUGUAUGUGGUUUAUGGCAACCAUUCAGGGUUGCCACCAGAGGACAUGGAUCUAGAUGAGAAAGCUGACCAAAUACUACAGGGUCAUCAGCCUUCAGGAAGAUUUGGUUCUGCCUUGGCAGUCCUGGACUUCAAUGAGGAUGGAGUAUCAGAUCUGGCAAUUGGAGCACCUUCAGUGGGAUCUCAGUUUCUUACUUACAAAGGUGCUGUGUAUGUCUAUUUUGGCACUGAGGGAAGAGGAUUGGCAUCUCAACCAAAUGUUACCAUAACAUGUCAGUAUUCCUACUGUAAUCUUGGUUGGUCCCUCCUGGCAGCUGAUGUUGAUGGGGAUGGAAAUGCUGAUCUGGUUGUGGGCUCUCCAUAUGCACCUGGUGGUGGGCAGCAGAGAGGAUUUGUGGUUGCAUUUUACUCUUAUUUCAACAGGAGUGAACAAGCACUUCUGUCAGCACAUGAUGCCAACUGGAUGGUGAAAGGUGAAGAAAACUAUGCUUGGUUUGGAUUUUCACUUGACAGUUGCCAACUGGAGAAUAUAACAUUGCUGCUGGUUGGUAGCCCUACAUGGAAGAGUUGUGCUAGCUGCAGCCCCUUCUCAUCAGAUGUCAAACAGAGUGUUGGGAAGGUGUAUGGGUAUAACCCACCAAGUACAAAGCUCUGGCUUACAGUAACUGGAGACAAGGCAAUGGGCAGAAUGGGUUUGUCUCUGGCCAGUGGUGUGAUGUCUGUGGCUGGGACCACAAGGACAGUUUUGGUGGUGGGUGCACCUACUGCAGAUAGCCUGUCUAGGAUUUCCUUUAUAUCCUCAGUGCUGCUCCAAGCUGGACUGACUCUGGUAUAUGAUCUGACAGACAGCACCAAGCCUUCUUUGCUCAGCACAUUCAGUGGGGACAGGAGAUUUUCUCACUUUGGAGGAGAUAUACACUUAAGUGACCUGGAUAAUGAUGGACUUGAUGAAAUGAUUGUGACAUCCCCACUGCGAACUAACGCUAUCACCACGAUACUGUUUGGUGGGGCAGCAGGCCGUGUUUACAUUUACAAUGGAAAGCAGGCAUCCUCAGGGAAUGUGACACAGCACUGCAAAUCACUGGUAUCUCCCUGCCCAGAGGACUGGGCACAGUAUGUCCUGAUUUCUCCUGAGGAACUAUCAAGAUUUGGGAGUUCUGUUAUCACUGUGAAAUCUGAAAGAAAGAAAGAAGUGGUGGUGGCAGCAGAGAGAAGUUCAGCGAAAGCACGCCUUGGUGGAAGGCUUUUUAUCUACUCGCUCUGA